AACGGAGAGAACGAUAAAAAACAUAAAGUUGGAAAGUAGGGCGAUUACUUAUCAACACCCAAAUGGCACUUCAUCUGAUCAACGCCAGCUUAACCCCUCUGCAGCUACUGAAAGGUGAUAUUCCUCAACAAGUUCCUCCGCCAAGAGAAGUUCCUACGACUCCGGUAGCGAACGAACGACGCUCCGCGAAUUACGAGCCAACUAGUUGGAGUCAUAAAUUCUUGCAGUCCCUAAAAAUUGAUCAGAUGGAUGAAGAAUACAAGAAACUAAAAGCUAAGAAGCUGAAGGAGGAAGUGAGGGGUAUGAUCAACGAUGAGGGUGGAGAGGUUUUGACCAAGCUCGAGUUGAUCAAUGACAUUCAACGCCUAGGAUUGGGGUACCAUUUUGAGAAGGAUAUAAGGAAAGCUCUCCAUAGAUUUAUAUCUUCCAAAGAAGAAACUUCACUUCAUGCCACUGCUCUCAGAUUUAGGCUCCUUAGACAACAUGGCUAUCAAGUUUCACAAGAAGUUUUCAAGCAUUUUGUGGACGAUAAUGGUGGCUUCGAACGAGGUGUUCAAGACGACAUUGAAGGAAUGCUGAGUCUGUAUGAAGCUGCAUAUCUUGCCUUGGAAGGAGAAGACCUCUUAGACAAGGCCUUGUUAUUCACAACUGAACAUCUCAAGGACUUUCAGGGGAAAAUGGAGAACGACUCUGGCAUUGCAGAACAUGUGAGUCACUCUCUGGAACUUCCGGUGCAUCGCAGAACGUCGAGGCUCGAAGCGCGGUGGUUCAUCGAAGCUUUAGGUAAAUCAAAUUAUGUAAACUCAAAGCUACUUGAGCUUGCAAAGCUGGAUUUCAACUUGGUACAAUCAGUAUUCCAAAGAGAUCUUCGAGAUUUGUCAAUGUGGUGGAAAAAUUUGGGACUAUCAAACAAGCUAAGCUUCGCUAGAGAUAGAUUGAUGGAGUGCUUCUUUUGGACAGUAGGAAUGGUGUUUGAACCACAGUUUCAGCAAUGUCGCAAAGGACUAACAAAAGUUGGUUCUUUUAUUACAAUUAUUGAUGACAUCUACGACGUUUAUGGAACCCUAGAUGAAUUGGAGCAAUUUACCAAUGCUGUUGAGAGAUGGGACAUCGGCGCCGUUGCAGAUCUUCCGGACUACAUGAGAUUAUGCUUCCUAGCUUUGUAUAAUACUAUUAACGAAAUGGCUUAUGACACCCUUAAAGAACAAGGAGAAAACAUCAUUCCAUACCUAACAAAAGCUUGGUCAGAUAUGUGUAAAACAUUUUUGCAAGAAGCCAAGUGGAGUCACGGCAAAUGCAUCCCAACAUUUGAGGAAUAUCUUGAGAAUGGAUGGCGAUCGGUAUCAGGAGUUUUGAUACUCACUCACACAUAUUUCUUGUUGGGUCAAACAAUAUCAAAGCAGGCACUGGAAUGCCUAGAAAAUUGUCACCAACUCUUGCGUUCCUCUUCGAUGAUUUUUCGACUUUGUAACGACAUGGGUACAUCAUCAGCGGAGAUAGAGAGGGGUGAAAGUGUAAAUUCAAUAACUUGUUACAUGAACGAAGCUAGAUGUUCUAAGGAAGUUGCACGAGCACACUUAAGUAGUUUGAUUGACAAGGAAUGGAAGGAAUUGAACAAAAUCCGAGUUGAUGAUGAUUCACCUUUUGAGAAGAUUUUUGUAGAAACAGCAAUUAAUCUUGCUAGAAUUUCACAAUGCACGUACCAAUAUGGAGAUGCCCAUGGAGCCCCAGAUAUUACAUCGAAGAACCGGGUCAGAGCGAUUAUAGUUGAACCCAUUUCAUUGGCUUAGACAUUAAAAAUAUGUACAAUUAUUCGCUUAGACAUUAAAAACAUGUAAAAUUGUAAAUAAAAUAAUUGAUAUAUACAUAUGGAACUUCUUGUU